AUGUCCGAACAGACCCAAGUCAAGUCGUGCUGUGUCUCGGGCCACAUCCACGAGGGAACCCCCAAGGGCAAGUUUGAGACUCUGCAUGGCCUCAACACGUACGUCACGGGCAGCGGCGCGGCCACGAUCGUGUUCCUGCCGGAUAUCUUCGGCAUCUACCCCAACGUUCAGUUGCUCGCCGACACAUGGGCUGAAGAGGGCGGCUGGCGCGUCGUUGUCCCCGACCCAUUUGAGGGUGACGCCGUGAGCCUCGAGCAUAUCAACACGAUUAUCCCCAACCUGCCCAUUCUCGACAAGCGCACGCCCGAGCAGGCGCAGGCCGACGGCAGCAAGACGAUGGAGAUCCUUGGCCCCUGGCUCGGCAAGCACUCUGAGGCCGUGGUCACGCCUCUUAUCAACACCUUCUUCAAGGGUGUCAAGGCUGAAGGUGGAAAGGUCGGAACGGUCGGAUUCUGCUGGGGUGGACGGUACUCGUUCCUCGUUGCUGGUGCCGAGCCGCUCGUUGACGUCGCGAUCGCCAUGCACCCCUCGUUCCUGUCUGAGGCGGACGUCAAGGCUGUCACUACACCCGCUGCCAUUCUUUGGGGCGACCGCGACGAGAUCCUCUCGGCCGCGCAGCUCGACGAUUUUGAGAAGAUCCUCCGCACCGACCUCGGCGACGCAAAGGUCCUCAUCAAGCGCUACAAGGACACCGUGCACGGAUUCACUGUCCGCGGCGACCUUACCGACGACCGCCAGCGCAAGACCAAGGAGGAGUCGAAUGAGGAGGCUAUCAAGUUCACCAAGAAGGCCUUUGCGGGUUCUCUUUGA